UCCCCCCGCCUCCUUUACGCCCCUCCCCCCUCCUCCCCUCUGGUUGGAAAGUUUCUAGAAUCUCUUCCCAGCGGCCUUUGCGGUUCCAACAUGGCGGAGCUGACGGUGGAGGUUCGUGGCUCCAACGGGGCUUUCUACAAGGGAUUUAUCAAAGAUGUUCAUGAAGACUCCCUCACAGUUGUUUUUGAGAACAACUGGCAGCCAGAACGCCAGGUUCCAUUUAAUGAAGUUAGAUUACCACCACCGCCUGAUAUAAAAAAAGAAAUUAGUGAAGGAGACGAAGUAGAGGUGUAUUCAAGAGCAAAUGACCAAGAACCAUGUGGAUGGUGGUUGGCUAAAGUUCGAAUGAUGAAAGGAGAGUUUUAUGUCAUUGAAUAUGCUGCUUGUGAUGCCACUUACAAUGAAAUAGUCACAUUUGAACGACUUCGGCCUGUCAAUCAAAAUAAAACUGUCAAAAAAAAUACCUUCUUUAAAUGCACAGUGGAUGUUCCUGAGGAUUUGAGAGAGGCGUGUGCUAAUGAAAAUGCACAUAAAGAUUUUAAGAAAGCAGUAGGAGCAUGCAGAAUUUUUUACCAUCCAGAAACCACACAGCUAAUGAUACUGUCUGCCAGUGAAGCAACUGUGAAGAGAGUAAACAUUUUAAGUGACAUGCAUUUGCGAAGUAUUCGUACGAAGUUGAUGCUUAUGUCCAGAAAUGAAGAGGCCACUAAGCAUUUAGAAUGCACAAAACAACUUGCGGCAGCUUUUCAUGAGGAAUUUGUUGUGAGAGAAGAUCUAAUGGGCCUGGCAAUAGGAACACAUGGUAGUAACAUACAGCAAGCUAGGAAGGUUCCUGGAGUUACAGCUAUUGAGCUAGAUGAAGAUACUGGCACAUUCAGAAUCUAUGGAGAGAGUGCUGAUGCUGUAAAAAAGGCUAGAGGUUUCUUGGAAUUUGUGGAGGAUUUUAUUCAGGUUCCUAGGAAUCUUGUUGGAAAAGUAAUUGGAAAAAAUGGCAAAGUUAUUCAGGAAAUAGUGGACAAAUCUGGUGUGGUUCGGGUGAGAAUUGAAGGAGACAAUGAAAAUAAACUACCUAGAGAAGAUGGUAUGGUUCCAUUUGUAUUUGUUGGCACUAAAGAAAGCAUCGGAAAUGUGCAAGUUCUUUUAGAGUACCAUAUUGCUUAUCUAAAGGAAGUAGAACAGCUAAGAAUGGAACGCCUACAGAUUGAUGAACAGCUACGACAGAUUGGUAUGGGUUUCAGACCUUCUUCCACCAGAGGGCCUGAAAAGGAAAAAGGAUAUGCCACUGAUGAAAGUACCGUCUCUUCUGUACAAGGUUCUAGGUCUUAUAGUGGAAGAGGCAGAGGUCGUCGGGGCCCUAAUUACACCUCCGGUUAUGGUACAAACUCUGAGCUGUCUAACCCCUCUGAAACAGAAUCUGAGCGUAAAGACGAGCUGAGUGAUUGGUCAUUGGCAGGAGAAGAUGAUCGAGAGAGCCGACAUCAGCGUGACAGUAGGAGACGCCCAGGAGGAAGAGGGAGAAGUGUUUCAGGGGGUCGAGGUCGUGGUGGACCACGUGGUGGCAAAUCCUCCAUCAGUUCUGUGCUCAAAGAUCCAGACAGCAAUCCAUACAGCUUACUUGAUAAUACAGAAUCUGAUCAGACUGCAGACACUGAUGCCAGCGAAUCUCAUCACAGUACUAACCGUCGUAGGCGGUCUCGUAGACGAAGGACUGAUGAAGAUGCUGUUCUGAUGGAUGGGAUGACUGAAUCUGAUACAGCUUCAGUUAACGAAAAUGGGCUAGAUGAUAGUGAAAAAAAACCCCAGCGACGCAAUCGUAGCCGCAGGCGUCGUUUCAGGGGUCAGGCAGAAGAUAGACAGCCAGUCACAGUUGCAGAUUAUAUUUCUAGAGCUGAGUCUCAGAGCAGACAAAGAAACAUCCCAAGGGAAACUUUGGCUAAAAACAAGAAAGAAAUGGCAAAAGAUGUGAUUGAAGAGCAUGGUCCUUCAGAAAAGGCAAUAAAUGGCCCAACUAGUGCUUCUGGCGAUGAAAUUUCUAAGCUACAGCGUACUCCAGGAGAAGAAAAGAUUAAUACCUUAAAAGAAGAAAACACUCAAGAAGCAGCAGUCCUGAAUGGUGUUUCAUAAACUGAAGAAGUUCCUAGUUUACAGUUCUUUUACAUUACAUUUUACAAUAGUGCUUGUACAAGCUUGCCAAAGAUAGAAUAUGGAUCGCCAGUCUUUACAUCGCACUUUCAGUUCCUCCAUUUGGAAUUCAGAAAGGGGAGGGAUCCUGAAGAAAUCAUAUGUUAAACAUACUUUGACACCUACUGUGUUAUAAAAUAUAUCAUCAGAUGUGCCUUGAGAAUAGUAUAUGUAACAUUAAAAAAAGUUGCUGGCUAUAGGAAA